CUUUGACAAACGUUUUAACCUCAAAAAAUCGCCCGGUUAUUACAACAUUAAAUACCCCAUAAAAUGACGAUUUUUAAGCUGCUUUCAACCGUUAAAACCGCAAACGUAUCAAAAUUAAAUAAAUUUCUAAUUGAGAGAAAUAUAAGAUGUAUGUCCUCAUACGAAAAAUACGCCGAACACAAAGCAAUCGAGAAAAUCCGAAACAUAGGAAUAUCAGCACAUAUAGAUUCCGGGAAAACAACGUUAACAGAAAGAAUAUUAUUUUACACCGGUCGAAUCAAUGAGAUGCACGAAGUUAAAGGAAAAGAUAACGUUGGUGCCGUUAUGGACUCAAUGGAGCUAGAACGUCAAAGGGGUAUCACAAUUCAAAGUGCAGCUACUUACACAAUUUGGAAAGAACAUAAUAUUAAUAUUAUCGACACUCCCGGUCAUGUUGAUUUUACAGUUGAAGUAGAACGAGCUUUAAGAGUACUCGAUGGAGCGAUUUUAGUAUUAUGCGCAGUCGGAGGAGUUCAAAGUCAAUCAUUAACCGUUAAUCGACAAAUGAAAAGGUACAAUGUACCUUGUUUAGCUUUUAUAAAUAAAUUAGAUCGAUUAGGGGCCAAUCCAAAAAGAGUUUUAUCCCAAAUGAGAUCAAAAUUAAAUCACAACGCGGCUUUUAUUCAACUUCCAAUUGGUUUAGAAAGUUCUAAUAAAGGUGUUGUUGAUUUAAUCGCACAAAAAGCGAUUUAUUUCGAAGGAGAUAGCGGCGAAACUCUUCGAUACGAUGAAAUCCCACAAGAAAUGAGAUCUGAAUGUUCCGAUCGUCGACAUGAAUUAAUCGAACAUUUAUCAAACGCUGAUGAUCAUUUAGGAGAGAUGUUUUUGGAAGAAAAAACAAUUAAUGAGAACGAUAUUAAAGAAGCGAUUCGAAGAACUUGUUUAAAACGGACAUUCACCCCGGUUUUAGUCGGAACGGCUUUAAAAAAUCGCGGGGUUCAACCACUUUUAGAUGCGGUACUUGAAUAUUUACCCAACCCUGGGGAAGUUGAAAAUACGGCUUUGAUUGAACUUGAGGGGAAAGAACCUGAAAAAAUCGUUUUAGAUCCAUCAAGAAAUCCAGAUAAACCGUUUGUUGCGUUAGCUUUUAAAUUAGAAGCGGGUAAAUUCGGUCAAUUAACUUAUAUGAGAUGUUAUCAAGGUACUCUUAAAAAAGGCGAUAAUAUUUAUAAUGUUCGAACGAGUAGAAAAGUACGAAUCGCACGUUUAGUUCGUAUGCACUCGAAUAAUAUGGAAGAUGUAAACGAAGUUUUCGCGGGAGAUAUAUUUGCUUUAUUUGGUGUUGAUUGCGCAAGUGGAGACACUUUCUUAACAGACAUCAAAGAUCGAGUAUCUUUAGAAUCGAUUUAUGUCCCAGAACCUGUCGUUUCGAUGGCUAUAGCUCCGGCGAAUACAAAAGAUCGCGAUAAUUUCUCGAAAGCCAUAGCUAGAUUUACGAAAGAAGAUCCAACGUUUCAUUUUCAUUUCGAUGCCGAUAACAAAGAAACCAUCGUUUCCGGGAUGGGGGAACUUCAUUUAGAAAUUUAUUCGCAACGAAUGGAACGGGAGUAUAACUGUCCUGUUGUUAUGGGUAAACCAAAGGUUGCGUUCCGUGAAACUUUGGUGUCACCGUGCGAAUUUGAUUAUUUACAUAAAAAACAAUCGGGUGGUCAAGGACAAUUCGCAAGAAUUAUUGGAGUUAUUGAGCCUUUACCACCAAAUAGAAAUACGUUAUUAGAAUUCGUCGAUGAAACUGUUGGCACAAAUAUACCCAAACAAUACAUCCCAGGUGUAAAGAGAGGAUUUUUAACGAUGGCUGAUAAAGGUUUAUUAACCGGAAAUAAAUUAUCUGGUUUAAAAUUUAGAUUAAUCGAUGGUGCACAUCACAUAGUCGAUUCUAGCGAAUUAGCCUUCUACUUAGCAUCUCAAGGCGCUAUAAGAGACGUUUUUGAAAAGGGAUUUUGGCAGAUUUUAGAACCCAUUAUGCAAGUUGAAGUUACCGCACCCGACGAGUUCCAAGGAACGGUUAUUUCCCAGUUAAAUAAGCGCCACGGAAUUGUAACAGGCACUGAGGGUAUUGAAGGUUGGUGUACGGUUCACGCGGAAGUUCCUUUGAAUGAUAUGUUUGGAUAUGCUGGAGAAUUAAGAUCGAGCACUCAAGGAAAAGGAGAGUUCACAAUGGAAUAUUCUAGGUAUUCACCUUGUUUACCUGAAUUACAGGAGAAGUUGAUUUAUGAAUAUCAAAAAGCUAUGGGAUUAUUACCACCAGAGAAAGUGCCAAAGAAAAAGAAAAAUUAAUUAAUUAGGUUAUGUACAUAAAUUACAAUUUUUAAGUUUAUUUAGGU